UUCCAACACUCUCUAGAACCCGCUUCUACCUGCUUCUCUUUCACCAUUUUCUUCUCUGUUGCUCUAUCAUCGGAAAAUUUUAACACGUCGAACUCCAUAAUUUCAAUCGAUCGAUAAGGUAAUCAACCAUGGCGGAUUACCGAUGGAAGAGCUUCGUGGAGGACGAAGAUCGCCCCGAAAAACCACGCAGAUUCGGUGUAACUGAGAUACGUGGCCCAAAUCAUACCUCUCUCUUCUCUCACACUUUGCUUCAGGAUAUGUUGGAGUCCAUGGGCCAGUUUGUUGACGGUUUGAAAUUUACAGGAGGCUCUGAAAGUUUGAUGCCAAAAUCCUUCAUCAGAGAAGCGACUAAGUUGGCCCACGAACAUAAUAUAUAUGUUAGUACAGGUGACUGGGCUGAAUAUUUACUGCAAAAAGGUUCAUCUUCUUUCAAAGAACACAUAGAGGAAUGCAAGCAACUGGGAUUUGAUACAGUUGAGUUAAAUAUGGGUUCACUUGAACUUCCUGAAGAAACUCUGUUGAGAUACAUACGGUUAAUCAAGAGCAAAGGGCUUAAAGCCAAGCCUCAAUUUGCUGUAAAGAUCAACAAGGCUGAUAUUCCUCCGACACAUGCAAGAGCAUAUGGUGCUCAUGUCGUUCCAACACCUCGAACAUCUGAACGUGUGGAGGAUGUCGAUUUCUUGAUCAGAAGGGCUGAGAGAUGCUUGGAAGCUGGAGCAGACAUGAUAUCAAUUGAUGCUGAAGAUGUCUGUAAAUAUGCCGAUUCCGUUAGGGCAGACAUCAUAGCAAAGGUGAUUGGACGUCUAGGACUCCAAAAGACCAUGUUUGAAGCAUCCAAUGCCAAAACAUCCGAGUGGUUCAUUAAGCAAUAUGGUCCCAAUGUUAACCUUUUUGUGGAUCAUUCUCAAGUGCUGGAUUUGGAGUGCCUUCGAGGACGUAACCUGGGAAAGAACCACAAUUCGGUUCUUGAUUCUUCCUAUUUUCUAGUUUAAACUUUGUUGAAAUAAAGUCUACUUCGUGUGGUGGUCAUGCUUAUAAAACUGUGGUUUGAUGCAAUAUAUUAUUCCCUUUAUAUGUACCGAGAGAGUGUAAUAACGAUCAUGGAUUUCUUUGUUUCAUUGUGUUCCCCUGGAUUCACUCGCAUCUUGGGAGAAGC